AUGAAUAACAUACUACUAAGGAUCAACAGUAGAAAAGCAAUACUACCAAGUAAUAAACGCAUGUUUGUUCAUUUUAAUUAUCCUUAUAGAGUCGGAAAUUGUGUUAAUAAGAGUAUAAAUGCAAAAGCUAACUUUAAGAACAUUAUACAAAGGAACAUUACAAACACGGCAAAUGUGGACAAUAAAAUAAAUUCAAAUCGGAAAAAAAGAAUAUAUAUGUUAAGUAUACUUAUUAGUAGCAUAUUAGGUUAUGGCGCUUUCAAAUGGGAUGAAAAAAAAAAAAUAUCAAAUUUUCUAAAUGAAAUGACCGAAAUAUCUGAUGAUGUUUUUGAUAGGGUAGAUAAUAUCGUACUAUUUGUUAUAGAUAAAAACAAAUUGAGUGACGAAAAAAAAAAAGUUCAGUUUUUAAAACAUGAAAUUGAAAAACUCAACAUUAAAAAUUUAAACUAUCUUUAUACAUUUCAUGAGGAAAGCAGAGAUUUUGCUUGCUAUAUUUAUAAAGGAAGGAGACGAAGAAAUAUAACAAAAGAAGAGUUAGUAGAUACUAGUUCCAUAAAAGAAAUAUUUGAACAAUUUUUUGUACCUAUUAGUGAAAACGCUGAAAAAUUAAAUGAAGGAAAUAAUGGGACAUUCCCAACGUACGUAACGCAUGACACAUUUGAAAAGGAGGUUAUUGAAGAUUCCAAGAAAAAUGACAUCCUUUUAGUUUUGUUUGAAAAUACAUGCUUCUUAUGCUUUUUAUACAAGCCUUUUAUAAACAGCUUAUACAAACUAUUCAAAGAGAAUAACAUUGAAUUGAAAAUAAAGAAGUAUAAUAUUGAGAAAAAUGAUUAUGCGCCAAAUAUGAUAAUUUCUAGGGGAACACCAACCUUUUUGUUUUAUACCAAAGGUAAAGGAACGAAGCUCGAUGAAUAUAAACCAAAUGAAAUUAUCGAAAAAAUAGAUAAGAUAGUUAAAUUACCCAGUAACAUUAAAGAGGAAAUUAUAGACAAGGUCGAAUCAAUACAUGCACGAAUGCACCAAUUUGGAUUGCUAACAAUGUGGACGACAGAGUCAAAGGUUAUAGAAAACACUCUUAUAAAAAGACAUAUAAAGGAUCUACCAAAUAGUACCGACGACGAAACUAUUUACAAUGAAGUGCUAACUGCUCUUAUAGAAGAGGAUUCGCAAAGAAAUGACUUAAUUGAGGAUAGUUUAAAUUUUACAAAUGAAAAAAUAAAAGAAGCCGAAAAGGGUUGUUACGUAGCAGCUUUGAUGAUGGCUAACGAAUUAAUAGACGAAGAAAAAAAAUAA